AUGUCGCCGCUGGCGCGCGCUGCCCGCACCGGCUCUGUGCCCAUCGUAAAGCUGCUGCUGGAGCGUGGCGGUGCUGCAGUGGACUCGCGGGACUGCCGCAGCAACACGCCGCUCAUGGAUGCAGCCAUUUGUGGGCACGUCCACGUGGUUACCGCUCUAGUGCAGGCGGGGGCCGCUGUGGAUGCUGCCGACGUGGACGGCAUAACAGCGCUCAUGUCGGCUGCCCAGCACGGGCGCCUGGCGGUCAUGGAGAAGCUGCUGGCGGCGGGCGCUGCGGUGGAUGCCAAGAAUCGGGCGGGGCAGACAGCGCUCUUUCUGGCUGCGGGGAAGAACAACCUCAAGGCGCUGCAGCUGCUGCUCAAGCGAGGAGCCAAUGCAGACAUGCGGGAUCAAUGGCUGCAGACGCCGAUCUGGAUGGCAGCCGAGGCAGGACACAGCGCAAUUGUCGCGGCGCUGCUGGCUCAGAGGGGUGUCACUGUUGAUGCGGCAGAUGAUUCUGAGUCUACACCAUUGCUGGCUGCCGCCAGAAGCGGCAGCUCAGAGAUCGUCAGGCAGCUGCUGGCCAAGGCCUCCACUACCACCUGCCCCCUGCAUCUGCAGACCCCGCUGCUCAUUGCGGCAAAGAAUGGCCGCGCUGGGGUAGCAGAGCUUCUGCUGGCGGCGGGGGCGUCUGUUGACCGUGCCGAAGACCGUGGGCAUACCGCCCUGCAUCUGGCUGCUAAGUGCAGCCACCGCUCACUCACUGCCCGCCUGCUGGCUGCGGGUGCUGACAAGGAGGCGCAUGCUGGCCCAGGGGCGUGGACACCACUGCACUAUGCAGCUGAAUCUGGAGCUGUUGGCCCAGCAGAGGUGCUGCUGGAUGCAGGUGGGCAACAAUGA